GACCCGGUUGAAAUUCUCUGGCUGAUGAAGAAGUUUCACUGGGGACUUUUCAAAUCAGGCAUCUUCAGGGUUUUUGAAGAUACUCAUUGAGGUUUCUCUUCUUCGUGUUCCUCUCCCAAAACCUAAACGCUGUUUAAAAUACCUUUCUCACCGCCAUCGAUAAACCCUACUGGAACCCUAAUUUAUUGGGGGCUCUGAGGAAGCAACGAUUUGAUAAGUUUGGUUGCUUAAUCUAUGUCGAUUGUAAAAGAUUCGGGCUUUGAAGCCCUUGAGAAGCUUAAGUCAACUGAACCACCAGUUUUUCUUGCGCCAAGUUCAAUAUCUGAGGUGGCUCGUACUACAUCUCAGUACCUAUUCGAGAAGUUGAAGCCUUUCAACCCUAAAUCUCCAUUUGAUCAGCUCUUGGUUGAUGGGUUUGAUGCGGAGCAGAUUUGGCAGCAAAUUGAUAUUCAGUGUCAACCGUUGUUGUCUAGCUUGCGGCAGGACGUUAAGAGAUUUGCUCAAAACCCUAAAGAGAUUCGUAAACUUGGGAAUUUGGCCCUCAAUGUUUCUCAUGAAGAUGAUGUCGAUGAGAUGGAUAUGGAUGGUUUUGACUCGGAUGAUGAUGAGCUAGAAGCUACUGAAAGCGAUGGAGAUGAAGAAGAGGACGACGAUGAGGAAGAAGAAGAUGAUGUAGAGGAAGAUGAGGAGGAAAAGAGUGGAGACCAUGAAGGAAUAGAGGACAAGUUCUUCAAGAUAAAAGAAUUGGAGGAGUUUUUGGAGGAGGGUGAAGCAGAAGAGUAUGGAAUAGACUACAAAAACAAGAACGGGGUUGCAAAGAGAAAGAAACAAAAUUUGCGCGAUGAUGAUGAAGAAGAAGAUGAUGAGGAGGACGAGGAUGAAGAAGAAGAUGAUGAGUUUGGUGCUUUUGCUGGUGGGGAUGACGAAGAGGCAGAUAAAUUAGGCAAGGCAAGGUAUGAUGAUUUCUUCGGCGGCAAAAAGAAGGAGACAAAAAUGAAGUUGAAAGACUUAAGUGAAGAUGAUGAAGCUGAAAUAGAAAACCAAGGUGAUGUAAAGCUCUCUACCCAUGAAAAAGAACGAAUAAAGCUUCAAUCCAAGAUUGAACGGAUGGAGAAAGCAAACUUAGAUGCUAAACACUGGACAAUGCAGGGAGAGAUAACUGCUGCAAAGAGGCCAAAGAACAGUGCUUUAGAAGUUGAUUUAGAUUUUGAGCACAAUGCCAGGCCUGCUCCUGUAAUCACAGAAGAGGUCACAGCCUCACUUGAAGAUUUGAUCAAGAGCAGAAUCAUUGAGGCUCGUUUUGAUGAUGUUCAACGAGCAGCAAGUAUGCCCACUAAAGCAAAAAGAGAAGCCAAGGAAAUGGACGAUAGCAAAAGCAAGAAAGGUCUUGCCGAAGUUUACGAGGACGAAUAUGUUCGGCAGGCUAAUCCCACUUUUGCCCCGACAACUUUCUCUGAUGAACUAAAGAAAGAGGCAAGCAUGCUGUUCAAGAGACUAUGCCUGAAGUUGGAUUCUCUCUCCCACUUCCACUUCACACCUAAACCGGUGAUUGAAGAAAUGUCUAUACAAACAAAUGUCCCGGCCAUAGCAAUGGAAGAGGUUGCGCCUGUGGCAGUCUCAGAUGCGGCAAUGCUUGCCCCAGAGGAGAUAUUUUCCGGGAAAGGUGACAUUAAGGAUGAGUCUGAGCUUACACAGGAAGAGAAAAAGAGAAGGAGGGCUAAGAAGAAGAGAAAGUUUAAGGCUGAAUCUGCAAAAGAACCAGCGAAAAAAGCGCGGGAUGAUACUACCGAAAACCCUAAAACUGUUACAGGCAGUGAAGAAGGGUGAAGAAAGGAGAGAGUUACAGAGACAAAAUGAAGAUGAGGAGAUUUCAGGCAAGAGCAUUGCUACAUGAUACAGUAUGUGAAAAAUCUAAACACAGACAGCUUCAAGAUUAGAUACAACAAGAGUUUUGGAUGGGAGAAAAUAGAUAAACUUUUUACCGGUAUAAGGAAAGGCGAGAGAUAGUGUUCGAAUCAGUGACUUGUCUUGCCGACAUUUGAGUUUGAUUGUAUCUUAUGCGGUUUUGUCAUAUACUUUGAUAUGAGUAGCUUUUCUUUCUUUUAAUUGAUGAGAAAAAAAUCCGUAACUCCCAA